AUGCCUCCUGCCCCAUCCAUGCCUCCUACUUCACCGAUGUCUCUUGCCUCUCUUCGACUUCAAGUUAUGCUGAGCGUCGAUGCUCAUGGUGGCUCGGCCUUGCCGCGCGAGGCACUACUGCGGCAAAUGUCCGAGGCUGCCUCGCGAAGCUGCUCGCUUGGUCAGUACGCGGCUAAUCUAGUGCACUUCGCCACUCAGCGCCAAAAUUUUGAAACGGAAUUGUUCAUAGACGAAAUAUAA